AUGAGGUCAGCAUCGAAAGAGCCAGUCCCAUUACAUGAAGAAUUUAUCUACUGUUGUGGAGCUGCUACCCAUGUCUUAAAAUGUGGGCCCUGGAAAGACCUCUCAAAGGAUGAAAGUAAAAAUCUACCCAGGCUCUUAUUCAUGAUUAUUCCUGGUAACCCUGGACUGGCAGGUUAUUACAGGACCUUUAUACAGGCCUUAUAUUGUGGACUAAAUCAGCAAUAUCCCGUUUGGGUUGUGAGCCAUGCCGGACAUUGUAAACCUCCUAGUGGUAUGGAAAUGAUAGAAGACACAGAUAUUAAGGAGCUAGAGGAUGUUUUUGGACUCAAUGGACAAGUAGAGCAUAAGCUGAACUUCCUCAAAAAGAAUGUAUCAAAAGAUAUAAAGCUGGUACUGAUUGCUCAUUCUAUUGGUUGCUACAUCACACUGGAGAUGAUGAAGCGAGCAUCAGAACUACAGGUUCUUCGCUCUGUGCUGCUGUUUCCGACGAUCGAGCGUAUGGCUCAGUCCCCUCAAGGAAAGCUCAUGACCCCUUUGCUGUGCAAACUUCGUUACGUUCUGUACAUGCCCGUCUACCUGCUGUCCUUUCUACCAGAGGGAGUCAAAGCCUCCCUGGUGCGGUUUGCUCUGCGAGGAAUGAAGACCUGUGAUGAAUCUUCCAUAACAACCUCCGUAAAUCUCUUCAGCGUGGACUGCAUUGGUGAGCACAUUUUGUUGAUGUGCCAGAGUAACUGUGGUCGCAGCGAGGUCCUGUACCGUUCGCGGGAAUCUGUGGAUGUGUUGGUCUGUAUUGGAGGCUCGCUGCAGGACUGUACAGAGACUGACAGCGGGGUGGGCAGCGAGGGUUCGUACUGCCAAACCGAGACAGCCCCGCUGAUGUUGUACGACCCUGGCAUAACGACAGUCACUCCGUUGCAGUACCCGCUGCCUGCCAAAACCAGGCUCCCGGUCCAUAAUGGAAAUUUCUGA